UACCCAAUCGAAUCCAGCUCACCCUAAUUCAAUCAUCGGAACACCAAUUGUGAGGCGCAUUCCGAAUUCAAGCUCUCUGUGUCGGUGAUCGUUCCCAAUUCGCAAGCUCUCGCGGCAACCUCGAGCAAUGGUGGGCAAGAGCUUCUUUUCGGGUUCCCAUCGAUCGCCAUCCUUCUUCCGAUCUGUGAUCCUUCUCGCCUCCCUCUCCCUCAUAGCCGUCAUCAUCAUCUCCUUUUCCUCCUCGUCUUCUCGAUGCCCUCCUCUCCUUCCCAACACUGACCAUAACCCUAACCCUAAUCCCUCUCCCCCAAUCUACUCGUUUGUUGAAUCUCUUGACAAGUUCCUCGCUUCCAGGCGCCAGGCUACGGAUCGCACUGAUUCCGUCGCUUCUGUGGAGGAUCUCGAUAAUUCGAUCUGGUCGAGAGAGAUGGAGCGGCUGCAAGGGAGCAGGUCUUCAGAUCUAUGGCCUGGGAUCUCGUCGGUGAUUAGGGUGUAUGUGUAUGAGAUGCCUUCCAAGUUUACCUACGAUCUUCUUUCAUUGUUCCGGAACACAUACCGGGAGACCGCUAACCUCACCUCCAAUGGCAGCCCCGUUCAUCGCUUAAUCAAGCAGCAUUCUAUCGACUACUGGCUAUGGGCAGAUUUGAUUGCUCCAGAAUCACAAAGGCUGUUGAAAAAUGUCAUUAGGGUUCACCGACAAGAAGAGGCGGAUUUCUUCUAUAUUCCAUUUUUCACAACCAUUAGCUACUUCUUGUUGGAGAAACAACAAUGCAAGGCACUUUACAGGGAAGCUUUAAAGUGGGUAACUGACCAACCUGCCUGGCAACGCUCUGGGGGAAGGGAUCACAUACUUCCAGUUCAUCACCCUUGGUCUUUCAAGUCAGUUCGCAGGUUUAUGAAAAAGGCUAUUUGGCUUCUUCCUGAUAUGGACUCCACUGGGAACUGGUAUAAACCAGGGGAGGUUUGGCUAGAGAAAGACCUUAUCCUUCCAUAUGUUGCAAAUCUUGAUGCUUGUGAUGCAAAGUGUGUAUCAGAAAAUCAACCUAGAAGAAAAACAUUACUCUUCUUUCGAGGAAGGCUUAAAAGAAAUGCUGGUGGGAAAAUCCGAAGUAAGCUUGUACAAGUAUUACAUGAUGCUGAGGGUGUUGUCAUUGAAGAGGGAAGCAUUGGAAUAGCUGGUAAAGAAGUUGCCCAACAUGGCAUGCUCAGUUCAAUCUUUUGUUUGAGCCCUGCUGGGGACACUCCCUCUUCUGCUAGACUGUUUGAUGCAAUUGUGAGUGGCUGUAUCCCUGUCAUAGUUAGUGAUGAAUUGGAGCUCCCGUUUGAAGGAAUACUUGAUUAUCGGAAGAUUGCAUUGUUUGUUUCAUCAACUGACGCUGUACAACCAGGUUGGCUUGUGAAUUUCUUAAGGAGCAUUGGUUCUAAGCAGAUCAAGAGCAUGCAGGACAAUCUUCUUAAGUACUCGAGGCAUUUCUUGUAUUCAAGUCCUGCACUACCUCUUGGACCGGAGGAUCUGACAUGGAGGAUGAUUGCUGGCAAAUUACUGAACAUUAAGUUGCAUAUAAGGCGGUCUCAACAUUUGGUUGAAGGAUCGAGAAACAUAUGUACUUGUGAAUGCAGGCACUCUAACACUACCAGAGCAUCAUGAUCGGUAUUCUCAUUUUGCCUGUUCGAAUGUAAAAUGCCAUUUUUUUUGUCAGUUGCUUUUACAUCUUCAGACAUACUGCAGCAGGCUGUAUUAUGAAAUCUUGUUAGCACUGAUGCAUGUAAUAGUUCGUUGGACAACGGUUUGCUUAAUA